AUGCGGAAUCUUGAUUCGUGGGCCGCUCUGAUGAGCAUAUUAGCCACAGCCUCAGCAGUAGCAGUGCUUUCCUCUUCAGAGAGAGCUGAGAGGCGAGACACCUGCACUGGGCCAGUUGCGUCCUCCCCCCAAACAUACUGGCUUCUGGAGCAAGACCAUACCGGCAACGCCCGCGGCUAUGCCCCUGAAGUAUCGAAUGCAAACUACCCAGUUUGGCGUAAUGUGCAGGAUUACUCAGCUGUCGCAGAUGGCUCUGGAGACCAGACCAGCGCCAUUCAGAAUGCCAUUGAUGACGAUGGAUCAGGCGGUAGUCGACAAGGUCAGGGUGUGACCAAGUACCCGGCUGAGGUCUUUCUUCCUGGAGGAACAUACCAGCUGGGUAGUACUUUGGACUUGCGUGUCGGAACCAUCAUUACGGGAGAUCCACUCAACCCGCCUGUGUUGAAGGCAUCCUCGAACUUCAAUGGAGACACUGUGGUUAAUGGAUACGAUAGUGGGAAUGGUGCUCCUGAAACGAGCUUCUUGACUCUUCUCCGCAAUGUAGUGAUUGAUACCACGGCUCUGAGUGCUGAUACGACGAUCACCGCGCUGCAGUGGGGUGUUGCACAGGGAUCUGGGUUGACUAAUGUCAAAAUCAACAUGCCGUCCAGCUCGACUGGACAUACUGGUAUCGAUAUCAAUGCAGGAUCCACUAUUGCGGUGACCGACGUCCAGAUUACAGGUGGUAAGAUUGGAAUCAAUAAUUCCAAUCAGCAGGUCAACUUCAAGAAUAUCUACUUCAAGUAUUGCACCACUGGGUUUUAUGCAUCCGGGGGCCACACUGCGCUUCUCCAGGGUGCUACGUUCGAUACCGUUGGCCUAGGCAUCGAUAUGACCAGCAACGGACUCGGAAGUAUGGUACUACUGGAUUCUAAGUCGACCAAUUCAGGCACUGUCGUCAAAUUCUACGACUCCUCUAACGAUAGCGGAAACCGUAACAGCCAGCUGCUCAUCCAGAAUCUGGUACACGACACAUCUAAUUCUAUCGUAGUCGACAGCAAUAACAAUGUGAAACUUGCGGCUACCGAUACCGUUGAUACUUGGGUCUGGGGAAACGUCACUCCGGGCCAGUACGAAACUGGCACAGCCUUCACAACGUCUCGUCCUGAUAUGCUCCUAUCUGGUGGCAAGUACUUCACGCGCAGCCAACCUACUUACGCCGAGUACGCCUCUGAUCAGAUCGUCAAUGUCAAAGACGUAAGUGGCUACCCUGUCAAGGGCGACGGCUCAACCAACGACGUCGACUCGCUGAAUGCUAUCUUAGCGGAUAAUGCUGCCAACUGCAAAAUCACAUACUUCCCAUAUGGUGUGUACCACGUUGAAGAUACGCUGAAAAUCCCCAUCGGCUCGCGAAUUAUGGGAGAAGCCUGGGCCGUGAUUUCCGGAGCUGGAGAUAAUUUCAACGAUGCCUCAAACCCCAAAGCUGUUGUGCAGGUUGGACAGAACGGCGAUGAAGGUACUAUAGAGAUCCAAAACAUCCGAUUCAGCGUCGCUGAGGUCUUACCCGGUGCAAUCAUCGUCGAGGUCAAUGCCGCAGGCACAAACCCCGGUGACGUGGGACUAUGGAAUACCCUAGUGACAGUCGGCGGAACAGCAGAGACGAGUAUCAAGAACGACUGCGACCAGCAAGAUACCUCGAAGUGCAUGGCAGCGUUUUUGAUGAUGCACUUGACCACCUCAUCAUCUGCGUAUAUCGAAAACUUCUGGGCUUGGACCGCAGACCACAAUCUAGAUGGUGGAUCCUCCUACACCGUCAUCUCGACCGGACGCGGAGUCCUCGUCGAAGCCACAAAAGGCACCUGGUUAACCGGCACCGGAUCCAGCAUAAUUGGCUCUACAAUUACAAUUUCCACUCCGCCCAGAACGUCUACGCGGACUGUGCCUGCACCCUGGACUGCGGAGUCGGCAUAUGGUGACCCGGACUUCUCGUGGUGCGCUGGUGAUGAUCAGAAGUGUCGUUCUUCGCUCGCUACAAAUGUUGAUGCUGGGAAAGAUGUGCUUCUUUACAAUAGUGCUGCGUGGGCUUUCUUCAAUGGAGAGUGGACUGGUGAUUAUAGUACCCAGUGUGAUGGGUCAUGUCAGACGAACAUGAUGCGUGUGGCUAAUAGCCCCGAGAAUCUUGUUUGGUACUCCGUUAGCACGCGGAAGACGGAUACUAUGAUUUUUGACGAUGAGUCCAAUCCAACGGAGUAUAAUCAUCCGGGUGGAUGGGAGGCUGUUGUACAGGCCUAUAGACAGUUUUCGUCUUAG